GGUAGCUGCAUGACCAGCAGGGGUAGGUUAGGGGAAGGAGUGCAUGUGGACUACAUACACAUGAGUAGUGACACGGACAGAAGAGCUGUGUGUGGACUGUAUUGUGAGCCUGGAGUCUUGAACUGAAGCAGACAGAGUUAUGUACUGUGCUCAUCCUGUCUCUGGCACAGGCAACAACUCAUUGAUGUAUUGCUACAACAUGAAACCAGUUUAUGGGCAGUCUCCCACUAAUGACGACAUCAACCACAACCCAUCUUUACGUCCAUCCACCAAGGCCCCCAGCAAUGUGUUUGCAAGCACCUUCUUUGAGGGGACGACCAAUUCGCCCGACAUCUGGAAUGCUGUAAAUGGUCUGAACCAGCAGGGCUAUGAAGGUGCACUGGGAGCAGCCCCAACCCACCAAACACAGCCGGGGAGCUACAGCAACCUGCAACCACCACACAACCACCUGGACUACUCUCCACAUUCAGUGAUGGCUGCUGAUAUGAACAGGGGUCUCCCACCAAUGUCCACUUUUCACCGCAACAAUACAGCAUCCCGCACUCCAUCAAUCAACACCUCAGAGAAUUCGAUAGUCUCAGGAAGCCAGAGAAACAUAUCAGGAGGGUCACAGACAGGCGAUACCUUGGGCAAAGCUCUGGCCUCUAUUUAUUCCCCCGAUCACACCAGCAGCAGCUUCCCCUCCAGUUCAUCCACACCGGUGAGGUCUCCAUCCCCGCUGCCGAACGCAGCUGAACCUGCAGGUACCAACGUGUGGCCCCGGAGUUCAGUCCAGGCACCAACCUCGCCACACUAUGAGUCUUCCCUUAUAUCAUUGUCUCAGGUGGAGGACAGACUGGACAGACUGGACGAUGUGAUCCACGUCCUGAGGAACCACGCUGUGGGCCCCACAGCCAGUCUGCCCACCGACAUCCACGGCCUGCUGAACCAGAACCACCAUGGCCACCUGGGAUCUGCCAGCACUUUACUGCUUACCUGUCACACUCCAGCCAUGGCUGAAGCUGUAAAUAUGAACAACAACCAAUCAGCCUUCCAGAGCCGCACACAAAAUGGCCACCCAUACUCAGCCAGACAGAGGGCCACGCUUCAGCCCUUGCAAGGUGGAGGCAGAGGCGGUCUGGGAGUUCAGGGUAAUCUGGAGAUGAAGAUGGAAAGCGGGGAAAGGGAAGAGAUGAUGCACACCAAUCACAGCCACAGCUCUGACAGCCAGAGAUCAGAUGAGGAGAGUGAACACAAAACCCAAGGAGAAAACAGUAUCCAUGAGGAUGAGGACCUGAGCCCGGAGCAGAAGGCCGAACGUGAGCGUGAGAGGAGAAUGGCCAACAACGCCCGUGAACGUCUGCGUGUGCGGGACAUCAACGAGGCCUUUAAGGAGCUGGGUCACAUGUGUCAGCUGCACCUGAAGAGUGAGAAGCCGCAGACCAAGCUGCUGGUGCUGCACCAGGCCGUUGCAGUGAUCCUCAGCCUGGAACAACAAGUCAGAGAGAGGAAUCUGAACCCGAAGGCAGCCUGUCUGCGGAGGAGAGAGGAAGAGAAGGCGUCUGUGGUCAUGACAGAGCCACAGUCCAUGCAUCUUUCUUUCCAUCCCAGUCUGACAGACCCAGCAAACCCCAUGGGCCACAUCUGAGCAUCUGAUAAUAACUACAUCAAAUCCAGCAUCAAAUGUUGAGUGAAGAGCAUCCCAGGAGCAUUCAGCUGUUUUUUGACGUCCAGCGUUUCUUCUGAAUUCGGACCAGAGCGGAGAGGUCGACCUCUCUGUUCGUAAAGUGUGAUGCAGUUGAACAAUCAUCUCCUCACCUCCCAAACGGACUUCUAACUUUGUGCCUAAACUUUACUUGUAACAGACAAAUGCAUUGUAAGCCGCAGAUGUUUUGUACAUAUUUUGUAUAUUUAUUGAUUAUCUGUCUGUUUGAAUAUAUCUGAAAGGAUGAAACUGAGUAGUGAUGAGGUGUCAUCUGCAGUUUGAUUUUGGCAGAGCCAGAUAACUUUCUGAAUGACUUUUAGAGUGUAUCACUAUUUACCACGUACACUCGAGAUUUCCACCGAGCUCAGAGGAUUGACAUUCCCACAUUUGUGUGUUCAGACAACGGAUUUCAUUUGUCCUCUGGUGUGUGUGUGUGUGUGUGUGUGUGUGUGUGUGUGUGUGUGUGUGUGUGUGUGUUUGUGUGAGUAUUGCAGGAGUUUGACCAUUCUGUGAAUGAACAGAUCUCCGAGAAUGUUCUUUAACACGUGGGCAUCAUCUGUUAUUUGUAUAUUUGUUACAGAUUUGUGUUAUAGCACUGUUAACAAGAUUACAUGUAAUGAUACACUGGUGGACAGAAUCACACUUCUUUUCAGUGUAAUUACUGCUCUUCAGAUGUAGCUGAAGCUCUUUGCAUGUUUGAGUUUUUAAUAGAAGAUGUCAGCUUUUUUCUAAGUUAUGUAACUUAUCUUUUAUACAAAUAUUGUGAAUUUCAUAAUGUCUCUAUUUCCUUUUGUCACUCUGAUUUUACACAAGAAAACCCUUUUUGUGCAGUUUUACUAGACGUAGCCACAUUUCAUGCAUUGAGCAAUACAGUAUUACAGAAUAAUUGAUGUCUUGUUUGCUUAUCACACUGCUGAACAAAUACUAAAUAAUAAUCAAAGAUAAUCUGAAAUACUCCUAUCAUAACAUGUACAGUAUGUGUACAGUUUGAAGUAGCCUACAGGCAUGUGUCAAAAUGAUAAUGUAGCAAUAAAUGUCUUUUUUCAAAUA